UUCACUUAUAAAAUCCCACUUUCUCUUCUUUGCUGCUCCUAGCAGACUCCUUGCCGUAGUGAUAUGAUGAAUUCUACCUGAGCAACGUUACCAGUACCAUCAUGCUGGCCUACACCAUGAUUCUGCUCGCCUUCGUAGCCUUGAGCCACGCCGCGCCUCAAUUCACGAUUGGAGAUGGCUCUACAAUUCUCGUUCCUGGUGGAGGUACCGCCUCAGCUAACCCAGUUGGCCCCAUCCUACUUCCUCCUAUUAACAGCCCAGAAGUCAGGCCUGGUAAGCGUGAUGUAAGAAAACUCCCCUUCUUCUUAUCUGCUCUUGAUCCUGUCCAAGUCGAGAUAUCCCUGAUGCCAGUUUAAAGUUCCCUGACUUUCCACACAGCUGGGCGAGCCUAACCUCCAGCGCAAGUCGUCUUCAUCUGACUUUCCUCUGGCUGAGCGCACG